AUGUUGGACAAGCUAGAAGGUGAAUUUCGCUAUUUUCAUCUAUUGAUUUUGCUUUCUUUGUAUUUGAGUCUUAUUCUCCAAAUUAUGUUGUUUUCUAUUUCAGGUGAGGAAAAAACUUAUAACAGUGCUGAUAGCAUUGAUCCUGCAGAUACAAGUUCUGUGAAUAAUGAAGCUCUUAGUGCGGAUUUUCUAAACACAAUUAAGGUUCCUGGUUUACCAAACCAUAGUAUUAGACUAAAGGUUGGUUGUCCUGUUAUGGUUCUGAGAAACAUAGCUCCUUCUGAUGGCUUAAUGAAUGGGACGAGACUGCAGAUCACUCAGCUAAUGGAUUUUAUGGUUCAAGCUAGGAUUAUAACAGGAGAGAGGAUUGGGGAGAUAGUUGAUAUUCCUAGAUUGCUAAUAACCCCUUCUGACACCAGAUUGCCUUUCAAAAUGAGAAGAAGACAACUGCCUCUUGUUGUGGCUUUCGCAAUCACAAUCAACAAAAGUCAAGGGCAAUCACUAUCUCAAGUAGGUCUUUAUCUACCAAGACCAGUAUUUUCACAUGGUCAGUUAUAUGUUGCUGUUUCUAGAGUGACUUCCAAAAGAGGAUUGAAAAUUCUGAUUUUAGACGAAGAUGGGAAACCACAAAAACAAACUAAGAAUGUAGUUUUCAAAGAAGUUUUCGACAACCUUUAACAAAUGAGGUAAUAAGUUAUGUCUUUUCAUAUUUUUGAUGUCAUAUACAGUUUUUGUUUGGAUGUGAUCUUUGUUUUAAAAACCAGGAAAUGUGUUUGAACUCGCCAAUUACAUAUAAUAAAAACUAUUUGUUCUUUGCAGAUCUCAGAAGUUCACGUGUUCUAUGGUGGAAGCAUGCUUGCUGGUUCACAAAGUUCUCUAAUAGUUAUGCAAACAACAUUUGUUUUCUUUUCCAACGAAUCUGGAAUGCAAUAAGUUUGUUAUUAUUUUGAUUUAGACAGAUGCAUGAGUUUUUUGGUCUUUAAAACCAUAUCGAAAUAAAGCGCAUGUUUUAUAAGACUAUCAUCAACAUAUACCCUUACCAAGCAACACUCAAGCAAUUCAAAACAAAGCAUAUUGACUAAAGCCAGGGUUCUCUAAUCUAAAACCUUAUUCUACACUUUCCUACUUCAGAAACCUUACGACUUACUUAGAAGAGAUAAGUAAUAACUAACCGUAUUAUAAGAUGUUGAUCCCCAAUGGUUGUUGUCUUCUUUUUCAUCUUGAUAACUGAUACUUUGACCUUUCCACGUCCAACAUCAUGCUACAGAUUUAGAACGUUUAAAAUCAGGGCUUAUCUCUGUUCAACAAACCAUGGGACCUCAACAAGAACAAAUUAGUAACUUCCUCUGUUAAAUCCUUAAAGCAAAUAUCUAACACUUUACCUGAUUUGUCCUGUGUCGUAGUAAUAACAUGGAUUCCUCGCAGGAACCAGUGGUAGUAACAGCUUGCAAUAUCAGCAUCAGCCGACUCUCCCUCUUCUUUCAUAAGUUCACUCCAUCUUGAUAAGUUGAUUCCCCUGGAAAUGAUUCUUGUGUAAGGAAAAAAACAUUAAAGUAAUUUCCCUACAAAGAACUUUACUUUGACUUACGACUUACUCAAACAUGUUACUUGAGCCAGUGAUCCUCACAACACACAGGUCAAUCUUACACUUCUCUUUUAGCAUUGCAUCCUGUGACACAAAAAAUUACAACAUGAUUUUCCUUGCAUUGGUAAAAGAAGAGCCUGAAAAACAUGAGCUUUCUUAGGCUAGCAUAAAUAUCAGAACAACACUUCACAUAUAUAUAGAAAAAACUAUUUUACUUCUAUAUUGCUUGGUGAUGGAUCUUCCUCUACCAAAUACUUGGAGUUGAGUUUGUUAUUGAAAGCAGCUACCUGUUUAAGAAAGAAAUAGAUUAAUCCACAGUGGCUUGUAGCUUUAUUUUCAGUAGAUCACAAAAUGUCAAUCACGCAGACUGGAACAAGCAUCAGAAACUUACAGCAGUUUUGUUCGCAUCCUCUAUUCCGAACAAGGUCAAGAAUGGCUCGCAAGGUUCUCAUUUGUUAUAUCAAUGUAUAUAAACAUGAUCUGCAAGAAAAUAAAUAAUAUACAUUAAGAGUAUAUGUUUGUUCUAAAUCCUACUAGCCCUUUUAGACUCAGUGUCAGAAGUGCCUUCGAUUUAAACCUUCUUGCAACAUCUUCAAGAAGCUGAGCCAUACUCUGAAAAUCAUAAAUUUUGGCAAAGAUUAUAACCUAACCAAGGAAGAAAAAUGAAAAACAGAAGUACGAUUAAGCACACAAAGAUAGAUUGCCAGCUGGUAUUCUUUUACAAACUGCAGUGACAAAAUCUUCAAACCUGAAGCUUAACAGGACUGGAAUAAACCCAAGCAGUAUUGCUUUCACUCGAUUUUGUAAUCAAGGGAAACUUGUUCUUGCCUAGAAUCUCCAAUAUCUUAUUCUUCUUCAUUUUGUAAGAUCCAUCUACAUGAACCACACAAGAAUUUUCAUCAUGAUUCCAAUAAACCAUCACAACAAAAAAAUCUUAACAAAAUAUCAAACAUAACAACAAGAAAGGUCUUCCACAAUCAGCAGCAAGAUUACCAUACUAAGUGUACCUUUCCGCCUUAGUUUUAACCAUGCAAAUAAACACAUCACUAGCCUUGAGCUCAGGAAACAGAAGUAUCGCAACACCAUUAACAGCGUUAUAAGUCAUCUGAUUCUUUUCCGAUCUGAAACCACUUGAGGUCAUUUCUUCGUGAUUAAACAGGAGACGGUAUCUAUCUAUCCAAUUGUAGUGUCUUCGUAUUACAAAACUGUAGAAAAUCAUAACAAAUAACACAAAUUAGAACAACUAACCGUGAAUGUAGAAAGUUAAACAUAAAUCUACAAACUUGAACCUAUAUUUGAGAUCUCCACAAGUAAUCAAUAGAUCUAUCUUCUUUCAUCCUUUGAGUGAAAAAUUCACAGCAGUUUAUGGAUUUGUCGACGAGAUUAAUGGAAGGCACCGACAAAGAGAUCGACUGGAUCAAGAGAUCUUUCGUCGAAAAAAAAAGACGUAGAAGGUUUGGUGUUUCUGUUUAUUUCCCGGAAAAAGUGUAAAUGGGCUUUGAUGACUGUUUAUAGUCCAUUAUAAUUUGGGCUAAAUAUUAAAAUUACUACACUUAUCUAAUCUAAAAAAUGUGGGUUGGGUUACAUAAUAUAUUUUAUUUGUUGCUCACAAUAUUAUUUUCUUGAAUUAUGUUAAAAAUAAAAUUCUUGAGUUAGUAAUACAACCUAUGUUUGAAUAAUUUGAUUAAACUUCUAAAAUCUACACUAAACACUCUAAUAUUUUACCCUAUAAUAUUUUUAAAACCAAAUUUUAGU